AUACCCAUACGAUUCUCUCCCUACAAAGUAAGCAUGAGGCAUGCCUGUGAUUCUUUGAAUUGACAAUGACAUUAAAAACAAAGUAGAGAGAGAGAGUCAUUGGGAAAUGGGUGUGUAUGCUUGAACAUUACAAAAGCGACUCUAUCUGAAGUUGUACACCACAAUGGCUUUGCUUCAAUGGUGCUUCCAUGGCCUCUAAUGGCUUUGAAUCUGUUGAAGCCAAGCACUUAUUGGUCUUACUAUUAAGAAGAUAUGAAACUUGGAUCAAAGAGAAGGUGGAGAUCCGUUGUGCCCAUUCGAUUGAGAGGCAGAUCAGCCACCCGUUUUUGUUUGUUCCCCAAGCUGAAGUCAACUAGCUAUGGUCCAGGCAACACACCAGUUUAUCUAAAUGUCUAUGACUUGACGCCCAUGAAUGGCUACUUUUAUUGGGCAGGUCUCGGUAUUUUCCACUCUGGUGUUGAAGUCCAUGGUGUUGAAUAUGCAUUUGGAGCUCAUGAUUAUCCUACUAGUGGCGUUUUUGAGGUUGAACCUCGGCAGUGCCCAGGCUUUAAGUUUAGGAAGUCAAUAUUUAUUGGGACGACAUGCCUGGACCCUGUCCAGGUCAGGGAGUUUAUGGAGGACCUUUCUGCAAGCUACAAUGGUGAUACGUAUCACUUAAUUGUCAAGAACUGCAACCACUUCUGCAAGGACAUCUGUCUCAAGCUGACAGGGAAACCGAUUCCAAAAUGGGUUAAUCGUCUGGCAAAAAUAGGUUCAGUCUGCAACUGCAUUCUACCUGAAGCCCUCAAGAUUGAGGCUGUGCAGCAUGAUCCUAAUGGUCAACCGUAUGAUAGUGAGAAAAGGAGGCUUAGAAGUGCAUUCAGCUGCCUUUCUUCAAUUUCGAUGAGGCAAAAGCAGUUGUCAGCAUCUUCGUUGCUUCUUCAGUCACCCUUAAAAGGCUGCUUCCCAUGGGAAUUAAGGAGGUCUAAGUCUAACAACGGCUCCUUGAAGGAAAUAUGAGAAACUGCUUGGGAGAUGGAGAGUAAUUAUGCUAGCAAGAGUUGAUUUUGUAUAUUAGCAAGGAAUGCCAUGAUAGGUUUUCUUUCUUUGUGAGUUUGCGGAGUGAUGCUGAUCAUCUUUGUAAACAAAAGCUUGUGAGAUGAUACUUGUCAUCUUUGUAACAAUGAUAAGAGAUUAUGACCUGAGUUUAAUCUUAAAGCAACUGUUUCCACGGCUAUAGAAAAAUUUGUAUUCUUAGUGGAAGUUGUACAUUCAACACAAGUUCAUUGCAUAUUUCUGGUUCAGUUUUCGAA